GCAGAUGAGGCAUGGCAGGCGAGAGCGAGACAAAGGCAGGUGACCGAGCCGAGGAUGACGGCGCGCAUCGGCAGCCCUUCCUCAUCGGCGUGGCCGGAGGAACAGCCAGCGGCAAGUCGUCAGUGUGCAGCAAGAUCAUGGAGGUGCUGGGGCAAAAUGAGAUCGACCACCACCACCGGCAAGUGGCCAUCCUCAGCCAGGACAGCUUCUACAAGGUUCUCACCUCGGAGCAGAAGGCCAAGGCGCUGAAGGGCCAGUUCAACUUCGACCACCCGGACGCCUUUGACAACGACCUCAUUAUCACCACUCUGCUGGACAUCAUGGAGGGAAAAACGGUGCAGAUCCCCGUUUACGACUUUGUUUCGCAUUCCAGGAAGGAGGAGACGGUGACGGUGUACCCUGCCGACGUGGUGCUGUUCGAGGGAAUCUUGAUGUUCUACUCUCAGGAGAUCCGAGACCUUUUCCAGAUGAAGCUGUUCGUGGACACCGACGCAGACACGCGCCUGUCACGAAGAGUGCUGCGGGACAUUAGUGAGCGCGGUCGGGACUUGGAAAGCAUUCUAACUCAGUACAUCACGUUGGUCAAACCGGCGUUUGAGGAGUUUUGCCUCCCAACGAAGAAGUAUGCAGACGUGAUCAUACCUAGAGGGGUUGAUAACACUGUUGCCAUCAACCUGAUCGUCCAGCACAUCCAGGACAUUCUGAACGGAGGCCUGGUCAAACAGCUGAACGGCUGGUUCAGCGGCGACGGGACGGCGAAGGAGCAGCGGGCCGGCGUGGAGUCCAGCAGCCGGCCGCACUGAGGCUCCACACCCCCCACCCUUCACCCAGGGACGGGCGUUCGCCGCGGAUGUUUGCCUCAGCUGGCCUGGCCGUGGCGGAUGUGAGGGAAUCUACCGUGGAGCGGGAUGAAAGUGGCGGCGCUUUCGGUUGUUCUGUUUUCUCUUGAGCUUGUGCACUGUAUGAGAUCAAAAAAGAAGUGAAUGGUGGCCACUCUUCUGCGAGGGAGGAGCUUUCUGGAAGAGGACGCACCACGACCUUCUACAGUGUGCCGAGUGCAGUGAGACUGCAUGCCGUCGGACAGCGAUCGCUUAUCCUCCAGCUCCGCUACGGACCUCUUUGAUAAAAUGAUGUGGAUUCUGUUCGUCGCCCCCUAUAGAAGCGUUUGAAUCGUCUCCCUUAAAGCCGCUUUAGUUAUUAAACGAAACAACCGAUUUCCACCUCAAAACAUGUGGCCAAAGAUCGUCUUUGUUAGGUUUUCUUUUUUUCUUUGUUGUAUUUCUGUUCAAUACGAUACAAUGACAAUAUAGAAUUACCAUGAAGUGUUCAUUUCUUCUCCCCCUCUCAGACGCACAUGUGUUUAAGCUGUAGAAGUUACAUGAAGACCAGUGUGCCCCCCUCGGUAAACGCUGCUUAAAGCUGCCUUUCUGUUCCUGUGUACGUGUUUCCUACGAUAAAGCUCUCAGGUACACUCUGUUUGCCUGGAUGGUUUCCUAAAAAUGUUGCUGGAAUGGGGCGAGGUGGUCGUACCCGGGUGACGGCCUGGUCUGUGUUUUUCUUUGAUGGGUUGUUGAUGCAUUAAAAUGGGACUAAGUCGUUUCUCUGGCAACACCUGCAUUCUGUACCAGUACCAGCAAACUUCUGUCAUUCUGAUCUUUCUUUCAGGGCUGGCCGGACACUUCCCAAAGCCUUAAGCUGCUAAAAUAGACGCUUCAACACACAGUUUCCUGAAAAAAGUAACGAGGGACACAGUUUGCAUUACUUUAGUGCUUUAGCUGCAUUUUUUGCUCCAUAGAAUUUAAAUGUGUGACGUUCAGUUCAUGGCAGUGCCGUGUCAAACUUUUCUGUUUUUCCACCUUCUCAGAUGAUGAGAAUGGCACAUUGACGAGUGGUGACUGUUUUCACAACCUCCACCAGGUGGAGGAGGCGGACGCCACGCUGGAAAUGUCUGCUGUCUGUAUAGUUUUUAAAUAAAAUCAAUAGCACUCGA